AUGUCCGCGGCCGCGCGCGUCGCCGCGCCGCCGGUCGCGUCGUCGCGUCGUCGCGUCCCGCGCGCCGGCGCCGCCGACCCCGCGGGGCGUCGACCGACGCCCGUCGCCUCCCUGAUUAUGCGUCGUCGCCUCGCGCCGCGUCUCCACGUCGCGGCGCGCGCGUCGAACGGCGCCUCCUCCUCCUCCUCCUCCUCCACGGACGACGUCGCGUCCGGGUACGACGACGCGCGCCCGAGCAUCCGCGACCUCGAGGAGCUGCUCGCGACCGCGAUCCGCGACGAAGACUUCACCGCGGCCGCGUCGCUGCGAGACCGACUCUCGGCGAUGAAACGCGACGCCGCGACCGGCGUCCUCGACGCGAACGAGCGCUUCUACGUCGCGUUUCGCUCGGGGAGCCUGCGCGCGAUGCGCGACGUGUGGGGCGCGGGCGACCACGUGCAGUGCAUGCACCCGGGGAGCGCGGUGAUCAGCGGCGCUCCGGACGUCCUCGCGUCGUGGGAGAUCGUCUUCUCGAGCAUCCCGGGCGGGGGGUUGGGUGCGUUCUAUACACUGGUCCCCAUACGACCGCGUUCGCGUGGUGAACGCCGAUCCUGA